UCCGACCGCGCGCAAACAUCGAAUGUGAAAGGAAAGGUUUCCUUUCGUCACAGAAUAAAUAUAAACGCUUUGAGGUUAUAUUUAUUACGCUUGGGUCUUAGUUCGGUGUUUAUCAAAAGUUUAUAUUAAUUGAUAACGUAAAUACAAUGUCGGACCCAGUUGUGAAGGUAGAAGAGGGCAAACUAAAGGGAAAAGUAAACAAAACUUUGAAUAAUUUUGAGUAUUUUGCAUUCAAAAGUGUACCUUAUGCCAAGCCUCCGGUCGGUGAACUGAGAUUUUCCGUCCCCGUACCACCAGAACCUUGGGAAGGAGUGAGAGAUGCCACAAAAAAUUGCAAUAUUUGCGCUCAAUUGGACAGAGCGACACAGUCUGUCGUGGGAGAUGAAGACUGUUUGUAUUUAAAUGUUUAUUCGCCUAAAUUACCAGCGUCAGAUGACUCUCUCUUGCCAGUCAUGGUCUUCAUACAUGGAGGAGGGUUCGUGUUUGGUUCUGGCACUGAUGAUACUGUCCAUGGCCCCGAUUUUCUUAUAGAAAAAGAUGUCGUGGUUGUCACUUUCAACUACCGACUUGGAAUACUCGGGUUCUUAGCAUUGAAUAGCAAAGAUGCUCCAGGAAACAUGGGGCUCAGAGACCAAGUUCAAGCUCUUAAAUGGAUACAAAAGAAUAUAAAACAAUUCGGUGGCGAUCCCAAUAAUGUUACCAUAUUCGGAGUCAGUGCUGGGGGUGCAUCUGUGGAGUACUUGCUUUUGUCACCAAUGGCUAAAGGUUUAUUUCACAAGGCCAUAGCACAGUCAGGAUCGACUUUACUACCCUGGGCACAGAGCAGUAAAAUCAAAAAAAUGGCUCACAAAAUACGUUUGAUUACAGGAAAUAUUGUUACAAGCGAUGAAAAAUUGCUUAAGUUUUUGAAAGGAUUAUCCACAAAAGACUUGAUUACAUAUUCGAUGGUGGUACUUGCUGCUGAAGCUUGGGAUGGUGGCAUUACUUUUGGUUUCGUGCCAACUGUAGAAAAAUCUGCAGAUUGGGAAACAUUUUUGGACAAAAAACCGUACGAUGCGUUAGCGUCUGGGGAAUUCACGAAAGUACCUUUUAUAUCCGGAUUUUGCUCUCGAGAAGGUCUCCUUAUGGUAUCUCACCAUCCAGCGCGUUUGGAAAAGUUGAAAAAAGAAAAAAACUUUUUGGAUUUUUUACCAUUUGAUAUUGACGAAACUGAGAAACAAGCUAUGGAAACCAAAUUUAAAACAAUUUACUUGGAAGCCGAGCAAAAAUUUGAUGAUGAAGAUGCUUUUGCGAUUGAUUAUUUCACAGAUGUUGACUUCUUUGGAGGAGGUUAUGUCUCUGCAUCAUUAAUCGCUAAAAAUAAUUCUCCGGUAUAUUUUUAUGAGUUCGCUUACGAUGGAGCACUAAAUUACUUAAAGAAAAAGUAUAAUAUCCCACGCAAAGGAGCUUGCCACGGUGAUGAAGGAGGUUACAUUAUAAAGAGCUCUAUUUUAGAUGGGGAGAUUUCUAAAACCGACGAGAUAGUCAAAAAUAGGCUCGUCGGAAUGUGGACCAACUUCGCCAAAUAUGGUGAUCCUACUCCUGAAGUGAAUGAGUUACUGCCAACCAAAUGGGAACCGAUAGCGGAGACUGGUCUAGCAUACUUGUACAUCGAUGAAGAGUUAAAAAUGAAAGAGGAUUUGUAUCCGGCAAGAGUUAAGCUGUUCAAAGAGCUGUACGAAAAAUACAAUUUAAGUUCCUAAAUGAAAGCAUAAAUUUCUGCAUACCUGUAUUGUCCUAUUCUGUAUUAGAUUUUGACCGAAAAUAUUAAUAUUUUCAAUGGUCGUAUAUUUCACACAAAUAAAUGUUUAUU